AACGCGUCGUAUAAAGACCAUAUACUUGAGUGGAACCCGGCAGUACUGCACCAUGUUCAAGAUAGUAUUGAUAGCGUGCUUGGGCUGUGUGGCAGCUGACUUCAGAAGCAAUGGUGGUUUUAUACCCAGUUCCUCCUACCAGCAUAUGGAAGACCAGUUAGCGCAACCUUCUGCCAGGAUAGAGAAGAGCAGGGAAGACAGAGAUGACCACGGAGACAGGACUCAGAGAUUUGGCAUAUCUACUUAUGGAACCACGGGCCCUUACGGAGGUUCAGCCCCGGGGAUUUACGGACCUGUGAAGAUAGAUCUCGGCGGAAUUCUGCUGGGAUCAAUUCUGGGAUUUGGUGCGGUCGUGGUCCUACCGAAGAUUAUCCAUGCCUUCUCUUACGGAUACGGGGGUUAUGGACGCAGUGUUGAUGCUGACUUCGGUCAACUGUCAGAUAUGAUCAGCCACUUCGACGAGACGCUGAGCAAAUACAAUGUGGACUCCUCAUCAUGCAUGCAGCGUCUCGCCUGUUCCUACAUCCAGCUUGCGAACGAGAACGUGAUAACUGGUAACGGAACAGACUUCGAUGGAGUACUAUCGUCUAUUUCUAACAACUCCAUAGUUCGUCGAAUGCUGGAAGGCACGUCGAUAUACGAAGCCAUAGACGCCGGACGAUCGAUGGACACUGAUUGCCACCAACUCUACUCCAAAUGUAAACUAGAUAAGAAUACUGUGGUUAAAAUCAUUUCCAAAAUGAUACCAGUUUAG